CAAGGCAUCGGUGGGCGGCUCCCGCGAGAGACCAGUGGCUGGGACUUGCGGCUGCUUGUGAGUUCUCGCGAGAUCAGGCGGGGUUACGGAGCGGAGGACUUUCGGGCGCCAUCUUCUCCCUUCCCUCACACACGGCGCGCCUGCUCCACACGCACAUAGCGAUCACCCAGGCCGCGAGCUCCGCUGACAUGGCAGACUACUCCACCGUACCCCCGCCCAGCUCGGGCGCCACCGGGGCCGUCAACGACGCCUUCAAGGAUGCGCUGCAGAGAGCGAGACAGAUUGCUGCAAAAAUUGGAGGUGAUGCUGGUCCCCCAGCUGUUAACACCAAUGACUAUGGCUUUACCGGGCAGAAGAGGCCACUGGAUGACGGAGGUGCGUUUAUAGAAUGGGAAGUUGCUUCAGAUUCACAUCAACCAGAAGCAAAGAAAGUUGCUCCUACUAAUAAUGACUCUUUCCAGUCUUCAAUGCCUCCUAUGCAUCAGCAACAGAGGGCUGUUCUAACAGAAGAGUACAAAGUUCCAGAUGGAAUGGUUGGAUUCAUUAUUGGAAGAGGCGGUGAACAGAUAUCACGCAUUCAACAAGACUCUGGAUGCAAAAUACAAAUUGCUUCCGAUAGCGGUGGUAUGCCUGACAGGUCCUGCAUGUUAACUGGCACCCCUGACUCUGUACAAGCUGCAAAGAGACUACUAGAUCAGAUAGUGGAGAAGGGUAGGCCUACACCUUACCAUCAUGGAGACGGUCCAGGAAAUACGGUUCAGGAAAUCAUGAUUCCAGCCAGUAAAGCUGGCUUAGUUAUUGGCAAAGGAGGCGAGACCAUUAAACAGCUGCAGGAACGUGCAGGGGUUAAAAUGGUCAUGAUUCAAGAUGGACCUCAGAACACAGGAGCAGACAAGCCAUUGAGAAUUACUGGGGAUCCUUACAAAGUACAGCAAGCAAAGGAUAUGGUAUUAGAAUUAAUACGUGACCAAGGAGGUUUCAGGGAAGCAAGGAAUGAAUACGGUUCAAGAUUAGGUGGCAAUGAAGGGAUAGAUGAGGAUGAGAUGUCUCAGGGGUAUGGUCGUGGAGACUUUGAAGAAUUUGAAUUAUCGGUCCCAAUACCACGAUUUGCAGUUGGAAUUGUAAUAGGUAGAAAUGGCGAAAUGAUAAAGAAAAUUCAGAAUGACGCAGGUGUUAGAAUACAGUUUAAACCAGAUGAUGGAUCAACUCCAGAAAGAAUAGCACAAAUUAGUGGUCCUCCAGACAGGUGUCAGCAUGCAGCAGAGAUCAUCACAGACUUGCUCCGUAGUGUCCAGCAGUCUGGAAAUGGUGGUGGUCCUGGUCCAGGUGGAAGAGGAAGGGGCAGAGGCCAAGGAAACUGGAACAUGGGCCCCCCAGGCGGACUUCAAGAGUUCAAUUUCUUUGUCUUGACAGUAAAAACUGGCCUCAUAAUUGGAAAAGGGGGUGAGACUAUUAAAAGCAUAAGCCAACAGUCUGGUGCCAGAAUAGAGCUACAGAGAAACCCUCCACCAAACUCUGACCCCAACAUGAAGUUAUUUACCAUUCGUGGGACUCCUCAGCAAAUAGAUUAUGCAAGACAACUUAUUGAAGAGAAGAUAGGGGGUCCAGUAAAUCCAUUAGGUCCUCCAGUUCCUCAUGGCCCUCAUGGUGGUGUACCUGGACCCCAUGGACCUCCAGGACCCCAAGGCCCCGGGCAACCAAUGGGACCCUACAACCCUCCACCAUACAACCCAGGUCCCCCAGGACCUGCACCCCAUGGCCCUCCUGCUCCUUACGCCCCUCAGGGCUGGGGAAAUACAUACCCACACUGGCAGCAGCCAGCUCCAGCAGAUCCAAGUAAAGCAGGAACAGACCCCAAUUCUGCAGCUUGGGCAGCUUAUUAUGCUCACUAUUACCAACAGCAAGCACCCCAACCACCUGCAGCACCAUCUGCUGGACCAGCUUCAACCCAAACUAAUGGACAAGUUGAUCCCCCAGCUGCACCUCAAGCUGGACAAGUGGACUACACAAAAGCUUGGGAAGAGUAUUACAAAAAAAUGGGUCAACAAGCACCAGCACAAGAUUAUUCCAAAGCAUGGGAAGAAUACUAUAAAAAGCAAGGACAAACCGUUCCAGCAGCAGGAGCAGCUCCACCUGCUGGUCAAGCAGAUUACAGUGCUGCCUGGGCAGAAUACUACAGACAGCAAGCAGCAUAUUAUGCUCAGACAAGUCCACAAGCAAUGCCACAGCAUCCCCCCGCACCACAGGUCUAAAAUUUCUAUAUAGUUGGAAAGAGUUGAAAUAAUAAAUACAUCAGUGCCUUCCCUGAUCUUCCACCUUAGGUUCUGCUGCACAAUGUGUCAGGUAAGCACAACCUAAGGAAGCAUACUUGCAUUAUCAUGUUGUCCCUUUUUAAGGUUUGUGCUUUUCUAUGCAAACAUCUGCUCCACCAAAAAAUGUCUUUGGGCUGAAUGUUAUGUAUGUUAGGGAGGUAUAUAUAUAUUUUUAUUUUUUUUCUUUAAUUCUGUAUCAAAGGCACUUAAUGUUUUCCUGCUAGCUUUCUUUAUACAGUUGUGAAGUUCUUGACAGUACAUAAUGGCAGUCAUAUUAUUAUUUCCAUGGUUUUUAUGCAAUUUGAUUGUAUGCCAACCAGCCACGUAUGAUCUUGUUGUUUUUUUUACGAUCAUUUGUUUCGUAACUUCUGAAACAAAGUGUACUGAUUUAAUCUCAAAGUCCUGCAUAAUUUGUACAUUUUAAAAAUAAAGUUUCAAAAUCCUGCCUUCAUUUUCACACACAGUGCUGAAGAUGCUGCAAAUGAUAGCUCUUAAUAUCAGGUCCUGAGGUAGUUCCCACCCAUAAGGAGGAAUCCUUUCUGUGUAUGCCAUUGGUGAGCCGAUGAGCAUGGACCUAGAAGGGCUCAUGUAGAAGGUAACACCGUAAUAAUGCAUUUUAGUGCAGACUGUUUUUUUGAUCACUGUUGAUGCUUUUUCAACUGAUUAAUUUUUUUGCCCUCAAAGUUAAAAUUUCCAUGCACUAGUGUUCAUAAUUUUAUUACUUGAAAUGAGCCUGACUUUUAUCUGAGACAUAAACCGUCUAGCAUCUGAGUUUAGGAUUGUUGUAAUAUUUUUCUGAAGAUCAUUAAGUUUAUGUUGCUUUUAUUGAGAGCACAGACAAAAGUAAUUUAGACUGACUGUUUUCUGUUUUAUUUUUUGUUUUGUUUUAUUCUGCAACCUGUAUCUGUGCUAAGCUGAGUGACCAUUGAAGUUUUGUUAGUUUUCCUGUUGCCUAAUAUUUUAGCAUCUGACAUAAGAUAGGACUGUGCUAUUGAAAAGAAUGCAUUACAUGCAUAAAUAUACAGUAUGAAGUUAUAAUUCUGUAUCUGACUGGUCCAUAUUGGCAUGUGUAAACCAAAUUUUGCAGUAAUUGCAAUUGUUCAAUCUUUAACACUGCCCCUCCAACUAGACAGAAGUAAAUCUUUGGUAAGACACUAGAGGUGAACAAAGGUCUGGAGUAUAGGCCUAGGAAACCUCAAUGUCAUAAUCCUUUUUUUUUUUGUGUGCAAUUGGGUAACUGAAACCAGAAUUACUUUUCACGACUAAACAAAUGGAAGGCUGAAAUUGAAAGUACUGUAUAUUAAUUCUCCUCUAUUAGACACAUUACCCACCAAUGCUUGUUCUAAAUUUUUACAAAUUGUCACCAUGCUCUUAAUUAUAAAGUACUGGUGAUGGCUUCUCCCCAAUAAAUCAUACUUAAGUGAUAUUAAAACUUUAAAGAGUACAUGUCAUGAUGAGCCCUGCAGAAUGUUUAAAAGGGCCAGGCAAGCCUGAGACUUGCCCCAUUACUGAUGCUAUCAGAAGUCAAAAUGCUGGAAGCCCCAUACAAGUCGAACGGCAUUCUGACUCCUGAUCGCAUCAGUCUCUGCAAGUCUCAGGCUACAAGAUUGCCCAGGAUGUUUGAACAAAUUCUGCUAAAGGUUAUAGUUUUUGAUGAUUUUUUAAUUUUUUUUUUAAGCCCCAAAUGCUUUCAAAUAAACCAGCAGCUACUAAACUUUCCGAUCUUACGCUGAUCUCCCACUCCUCUGUUCGUGCUCCUGUCAGCAGCCUGGUCAUCUUUUUGGAGUGGACAUUGCGUGACUGCCACAGCCAAUCGGCAGCCUGUGCAGUAAUCCAAGCAUCAUGUCUUUGAGUGGUGAUGCCCAGAGUAUGACAUGUGACAGUAGUCCGGCCCACUGAUUGGCUGCGGCAGUCACGUGACGUCCACUAAAGGAAGGUGGUUUUACUGAUGGGAUCCUAUACGGGGACGGGGUGACUGCAGGUUUAUUAAACUUUUUAAAUUUAAAAAUUAACCAUGGGUAAAGAAAAUCCUUUAAGAUAACCAGGCCCUGAUGCAUAUAUGGGACUGACGUGAUUAUAAAAGUUUAUGUAGUUGUACACCAUGCAUUCUGAUAAAAGCCUGAUUAGUUUUCUGUGCAAUAGAAAGAUUGACAAGGGUGACUAUUAAAUAUUUAACCAUUUGCAACCUUUUACUUUCUGUAUAGUCAUCUUUUGGAUAGUGUGCACCUUCUAAUAUUUGUGUUCUGUUUUUUCUGCCAUUACCAGUAGCUCUAGUUUUGUUUGGGAUAGUAUUAAAUUUCCCCUCUUUAUCCAAACUCUUCUGCUGUUCUGUCCGUUCCAUAUGUCACUUACAUUUACUGCAAAGCUGCAAUCAGUGUAUAAGUUUAAGCCCAGCUAUAAGUCAAUAGUGAUUUCUAAUAAAGCAACAAUAUUAAACUGAAAAGUAGAUUUGAAAAGCUGAAGAUGUGGAGUUUAGAGACAAGUGUCUGACCCAUUAUGAAGGUUCAGAAUAGAUCUGAUAGGCAGGUUGUCUAUCAUUGUGACAACUUGGAACUCCUACCUGUCACAUUUAGGCAAGAGGGUAGUGGUGGUUGUUCUGUAUUAAGGAAAGGUAUAUUUUUUUCAAGCUUAGGGGACAAUCAUAGUCACACUUAAGUGUCCAUAUGUCGACUGCAGGACCUUGGACCCCUAGUGGUUCUACUGAGCUGAACUUAGAAUAACCUAGGAUCUUGCAGUCAUGAUAUUGACACUAAAGUGCUAUGUUUAGACCUGAAGUUGCAGCGCAAGUUACUUUUGCAUUUAAUUAGCUAUUAAUAAGGUUCAGCUUCCUGUUUACCCAAUGCAAAGUAUACUGUUAUUAACAAUGUGUUUAAAGGCUAUUUUUGUCAGCCAGUUUUAACUAUACAGCUUAGUGCUCCUUUUAUUAAACAUUUCUAGAUGUUUGACAUAAAUUAUUUUGGAUGAUUUAUUUGUUGCUAGUCUUGCCAUAUAUUAAAGGGCUAUUCCAGCAAUAAAAAACGUAUCCCAUACCCAUAGUAUUCAAUCGUUGUUUCUGGGAGCCCUGGAGUUACCAAAGUAUAGUGCUCAGGUAUUUCCCAUGCUUCCAUAAACAAAUGGAGCACAAGCUGACCCACUACUCCAUUUAGAAGAGUCAGGGAACCAGAGGUCAGACUCUCUCCCCUUAUCUUGUGGAUAGAGGAUAAGUUUCUGCUGCUGGAAUGCCCCUUUAAUGCUCCUACAUUGAUUUCACCUUCACUCUGUACAUUGUUUUUUGGUAAGCAGUUUCCGAUCUUCUCAUGCUGUAAUUUACUAACCCGAUAAUGUAUCUUUUUAGUUUUGUUUUUUAUUUUUUUUUGCUGUGACUUGCUAACACCUUUAUAGUAUAAACACGGUUUCUAUGCGGGUAUCUUACCGUUAACAAAUGUGCUGUCACAUAAACAUGUCAUACAUGCGAGAUGCAUUUCUGACGCCCAAAAUUUCCUUCGGAUGAUACUGGGCCAUGUGUAAAGAAGACUGACGCCAGUAUCUUAUUAAAAAGCCAGUGUCCUAGUCAGCAGUCGUGUGGAUUGAGGUAAAUUGCACCAAUCUGUAGUUGACACGUAAAUGUUUGUGCUCGAUACUGCAAAAGGUUAUGAUUGUCAGAAGGUCUAACAUCCUGCUUGACUAGAAUAACAUCCUAUAGCUUGUUCUCUGGUAGGUAGUUCAGUAUUCUCCCAAAAUGUUGAUUUCUUGAAGUUGAGGGCAUGGACGUUUUCUAGUAGCAUGAUCACCCUACCAAAAUUAUUACCAAUAUGCUAAGUGACCACACACAAGCUCCUUAGCUGGAUCAUGCUACCAGAAAUUGCCAGCAGUCAACUUAAUGAAAUAAUAAAGAUCAAUGUUGAACUUAGACAGAGAGGCUGAGAAUAGAGGAUUUAUAUCCUGUCUUUAAAGCUAUACAUGCAUAUGAACAGAGUCUGAAGUCUGGAACCAGUAAAGUAUCUGCAAUGUCAUAGGUGUUGCCAUACCUCUUGUGGUUCCAGACUUUUGACUCUUCCUCCAUCAAUGUCAAUUAUUUCAAAGCGAAGAAAACUUUAGGUGCUUGCUAUGUCUUCUGUUUAAUGUAAGUGCAUCAGAAACAGCUCUGCAGAUAUAUAACAAGAUAUGCAGUAUACUAUGUAUGUUCACACAGCAGAUUAGAAGAGUUUCUUGCUGUGGGUUUACAUUGCUGCAGGUUUUUCUACAGCUGAAAAUCUGCAGCAGAUUCCAAUUAAGUCAGUAUAAUCUGUUGCAGAUUUUCUGCUGUGGAAAACCUGCCGCAGUUUAACGGAGUAUUGUGGCGAGACUUAAGCUCCUUUUUGUUCCUGGGCUGCAAAAGUAACAAAACAAACAUUAAAGGGGUACUCCGGCGCUUAGACAUCUUAUCCCCUAUCCAAAGGAUAGGGGAUAAGAUGCCUGAUCGCGGGGGGUCCCGCUGCUGGGGACCCCUGUGAUCUUCCACUCCGCACCCCGUUAGAAUCAGUCCCCGGAGCGUGUUCGCUCUGGGCCUGAUUACUGGCGAUCACGGGGACAGAGCAUAGUGAUGUCACGGCUCCGCCCCAUGUGACGUCACGCUCAGCCCCCUCAAUGCAAGCCUAUGGGAGGUCAGCUGUCACGCCCCUCCAAUAGACUUGCAUUGAGGGGAUGGAGCGUGACGUCACAAUGGGGCCGAGCCGUGACGUCACUAUGCUCCGUCCUUGUGGUUGUGAUGGACUCAGCCUGAGGACCUCCAGCUGUUCCAGAAGCUGCUAAAGGUGGGUGCUGCAUGGUAGAUCCCUGGGGUCCCCAGCAGCGGGACCUUGGCGAUCUGACAUCUUAUCCCCUAUCCUUUGGAUAGGGAAUAAGAUGUCUUAGUGCCGGAGUACCCCUUUAACUCACCUUCUGCUGUUCCCCCUGUUGCACCACUAUCGGUCUUUGGUCCCGGUCUCCUCUCUGCUGCAUUGUGACGAUCUGUUCACACCAAAGCAAUGUCCCGCCUGAGCCGGUGAUAGGCUGAACGCAGUGUCAUGUACGGAGCAUGGGCCCCACCUUCUCCCUGCUGCUCCUGAAGACAGAUAGUGGCGCAACGGGGGAACGGCAGAAGGAGAGUUGUGGUGGUCUUUUUGCAGGCCGGGCACAAUAAGAGCUUAAAAAGUCUGUCCCACUUAAAACUUGUAGCUUACCUUUUAAAGGGGUUGUUUGAGACUCAGUCUUAUUUAGGCUAUCAAUAUUUUACAUGUAUUCAUGGCUGCUUCUGCCUGUACAGCGCAGUGCAUGCAUUAAGCCAGUACUGUGGUACUGUAUAACUUAUCCCCUAUCCAAAGGAAAGGGGAUCAGUAUCUGAUUGUGGGGGAGUCCCAACUUCUGGGACCCUCCUGCGCAGUGCCCACUGCUCUUCCCAGGAGUUUAGCAUGUCGACCCCCUGCAUGUCUGCCGACAUGCCCCGUGUGUAUCUCUUUGGGAAAACCAGAUAUACCUGAAUGCUGUAUCUUUGGCUCUCCCUUAGAGAUACAUGGAGGGUCGACACUCUCUCCCGGAGGAGAGCCUGGGAGCUGGGCAGGAGAUUGCGGUGGGGGGGGGGUCCCGGCUGUCUGACCACUUGCGAUAAUUUAUCUCCUAUCCUUUGGCAACCACAGUACUCCUUUUUAAGGGGCUAGAGCCUGCUCUUCUGUGGGCUCCCAGGGUCACCCCAUUACUACAGUCAUAUAGGCCAUAACUUGAAUGUCCUAGGCAACACCCUUUGCCCUCCCCCCUUUGUUUUGUUUUUUUACUUUAUUAAAAAUUUUGUUUGUGUUUAUAUUAAGACUCGGUGAUAGGAAAACCAUUCUUAUAAAGCUAAGUCUAGCAUACUUUUAAUAAAGGCAAUUACAACUUCAGGUUUAGCCAUUCUUGGUCAUGUGGUGUUGAGUCUUUAGCAUUGAACCUUGAGAAAUUUCAAGGAAUUUAUUUUCUAUUUUUUUUUUUCUGUUAAAAUUGCUCAUGUAUCACUGGCAAAUGUAUCUUCCGCAUCAAUAUUUGCUGUAUGUAACAUUGUACUUCAAUAAACAUGAAUAAAUUGUCAC